AUGGAGGCAUCUACACUUGAAUUCGGUCUCAGAUACAUAAGCGGAGUUGGAAACACUCUCAACCAUUAUGAGCUGGCCUCCUUACAAAUAUCGCUUAUGACUCUCCAAAAGAAGGAGGGAAAGGAAAAGGCGUUUUUCUGGGGCAGGAUACAGGGCCAGGAUGAUGACUACUAUAUUGCUUACGUUCUUGAAGACAGCGAGUAUAUUUACCCGAAGAAGAAAAUGUUCUAUAGCACAAGUCGCUUUGAAUUCCGGCCUCUUCCUGAAGGUACACUGCGUCUCUCUAAGGAACGUGUAGACCCUAUUCUGCUUACGGGAGACCCUGCGCGGGUAGUUGAGCUACCCGAUGGUUCGAAUGCACCUCCAGAAGAGCCCCCAAGCGACGAAGAAGAGGAAGGUAAGCUGAGCGGCAGAACUGCGAAGCGAAACAUGGACACUCAAAUCCGCAUUUGGCAGAAAAAAAGCAGCAGAACUCAUGGGCAUUGA